AUGUGUGUGGAACCCGACUGCGGCCCAACUGCAGGUAACAUGGUGGGAACAAAGGUUAGCAGAGGCGCUUUUGAAAGCGGCAUCCAUGACAGUGGUAGCAGAGGAAGUAGCAAUGGGGAAAGCAGCCGACAGGGGAAAAAGUUUCUCCAGAGUGGGGGACUCGAUGCUCGAGAUAGCAUGACGGAAUACUUGCUACAGCUGCACGGCGCUUCACCGUUGCUACACCCCGUGCCUUGUGCCUCUUUCUUCACCGUGAAGACCACUGUCAAGGACCUAACAGACUACAGCAAUGAUGGAAACUACAAUUGCAGUACCAUGGCGAAAGACUUGUUUGUGGCAAUAGAACAGAGGCCACCAGAGGCCAACCCUAAGGCCUUUAAGGCCUUUGCCAGGGCCUUUCAUGCAGUGGCACUCCAGCGGAUCGCUGCUACCAAGACAUGCAGUGUAUGUGGGGCGUCCUGGCAACAGCAGCAGGUGCAGAAUGAGCAACACGGCGCAGAUCAGGGGGACUGGGGCUUAUGUCUGUUGCCCCAUUUGAAUCCAUCGCAGCAAAUAAAGUCAUAUACCCUUCCACAAGUGGCAUGUGGCAUGUGCAUUCGUGUCCUCGGGCUAAGUUGGCUGCUAGCUGCUGCAGCAACCAACGUUGCAGGGGAGCAGCAGCCCGAAUGUGUCACCAGUCGUCAUCUCACUGCUGCACUGAAACACUACCGAUCUGUCAAUUCGGUUGGGGGGCUUGACUGUGCGUCCAAACAACCCUGCUGGGACGGCAGCAGCGAGAACAGCCGGAAUGCGCUAAAGCAGCAGAAAGCAGCAGCCGGUAGUUGCUGCAGCAGCUUUAAAGCGUUACCCCAUGAAGUGCAGCAAAGGGCCCUUGAUAUAUCUAUCGCUACUGCGUUUUCCAUUGAGCAACUCGCGAAAGAAAUACCGUGGAAGCUGAAGGGCCCCACUGGGUCACUAAAAACGCUGAUAGAGGCAUUAGGGAACCCCAAUGCUGCUACAGCAGUUGCUUUGAGUAACCGAUUAUUGUUAUCUGCAAAGGAAGAACCGGACGAGGUAUUGCAGCGGCCAACGAAGCAGCAUCAGCAACAGCACCAUGAACGAUUGGUAGAGAAGCCGCCGCAAAAAACGAAAAAACAUAAUAGCGGCGGCAGCUGUGUCAGCGCAAGGAUCAAAAGGAAGGACAGGGGUCCCACUGAUAAAGUAUCUCAGGCGCAGGUCAUCACCAGUCGGCGCAAACGAAUGACCCUUGCUUGUACUGCCGGUGCACAGGCUUUGUCUGUUGCUAUGGGUCCGCCAGAGCGAGAGCAGGCGAAAGAACAAAAACAAACUUCGAGGAGCAAAUAG